GCGGCACUGACCUGGCCCGCCCGACCUGCCCAUCCGCCCCAACACGCGCCAUUGACGAAGCACUUAACGCGCUUUGGCGUCACACCCGUCCAUCGUCCAUGAAGACUGGUGCAAGUGUGGCUCUGGGGACGCCCGACAUUACUUCGUACGUAACCUAGUAAGUAGGUAAAGGCAGAAAGGAGCCCUGGGCUUCACACAAGACACUGUUCUCCGUUAUAUCAAAUUCUCUCCCAUCCCGUCUUGGGCACACCCUUCUGCACCAGCCAAAAUCUCAUUGCGGCCGCCCCGUACGACAUCAUGCCGCUACCCACAUCCAACGCCAAUGGCCAAUCUUCGAUACGGAACUUUUUCCGUCCGAAGCAGCCGGCGUAUGUAGCCCCUCCGUCGUCCUCGAAAAAGGACAAACGGUCGUCAACUUCCCCUCCACCGAAGUCGCCCGCGCCGACAACCAUCAUCCAAACAAUGACGCAGCAAACCGCGACCACUACCCCAUCUCGGCCAGCGAACCUACACCCACAAGCUUCAAUAUCCCGUAUUCAAUCCGAGCACAUCCCGGUCCUACGGCGCAUCACGUCCCUUCUCCUACCCGUCAACUACCCCGACUCCUUUUAUGCACGGCUUUCGGAUCCGCUUUCUUCGGGGGCAUUCAGCCGAGUCAUCCUCUGGCAUGAUGAGAAGAACGGCUCCUCGGCGCCUGGGAAGGUGAUAGGAGGUCUAGUCUGUCGCCCGGAGCCCUCGCCAUUUCACUCCGGGACCGUAGAGACCUCCCGCUCUCCAACGCGCCCAACGGUACCGUCCGCGCAGCCAAAUGCGCUAUACAUACAAUCUCUAGUGCUCUUAUCGCCCUACAGAGGUCUAGGUCUCGCGGCCGCGCUGCUAGACGAAGUCGUCGCCGAUGCGGUUCGAAGCGAGUUUGCGUGCGAGAGUGUCUGGGCGCACGUCUGGACGCAAAAUGAAGAGGGUAUGCAAUGGUACACGGCGCGAGGUUUCGCGCGCGUUGAAGAAGUGAAAAAAUACUACCACAAGUUACAGCCAGACAGUGCAUGGAUCGUGCGCCGAGACAUCGGCCCCCGAGUCGUGCUCGGACUCGGCGGUUCCGUACCCAGCACUGCGGGAGAAACAACAGCUAGGCCUGAUAAAAGUGUGACAGCAGCCGUUGCAAAUCUGCCCACCAGCGCUCAAGGAGAAUCCCUCUCGUCAGUUUCGUCGCCUGGUAUCACUCCGCCACCCUCAUCUGCUACUGCGCCACCACUAAACCGCCCACCUCCAAACCCCAUACCAAAGAGCGGCCAAAGUACACCAGGUCAAUCUUUCCAGAACAUGCGACCCGAGACGGAAUGGAACGAUUUACCAGUGGACAUGCAGGUUGGUAAGACCGGAAGCAGCACCAACUUGUCUGUUCCUGGUAGUAACGCCAGCUCGAGGAGUAGCUCCGCCGUUCGAAAGAAGCGGGACCGCGCGUACCCUGCCGCUGCCUUUGGUAAUUAGACUUAUUUUUUUAAAAAAGAAAGAAAAAAUAUAUAAGGAGGCAUAAGAAGCGGUACCUAAAAACUGUAAAUUCGACCACGAAUAUAGGGCCAAUACCCCAGGCGUUCUGAUCGCGAGUGGAGUAGCAAUCUUUCCUUUAUUAUGUACAAAGAGGAACAUAUUCACUCCAUCUAGCCUAAUGACAUAAACCCUAGGUUGCGACGAAUCUGAACAAGGGAAGCGUAUCGGCUAUGAGUAUUUAUCUAAGCUUUUAUGCUAAGGGGUGGGUAUAUUAAAGCUCAGCAAAAGGAGGUCAGGUACUUACGGAGGAAAAUGUAUAAGGCGUACAAGAUAUGAUCCACGAAUAGAUAUAAUAGCGGCUGUGAACAUGAAUGAAGACGAAUAGGAUAAAUUAUAGACAAAUACAAGGCUUCUUGGCAAUUUGGAA